AAACGUGUUGCCAUCAUGGAGCGUGUGGGGUUGAUAGCCGGUAGUUAUGAACAGAUUGUGUUUGGUUAUAAGGUGCGAGUUGGAGAAAAGGAAUGGACCCCCACGGCCGACUUCACGCAUCACGCUCACACAGCAUCUCUGUCAGCUGUGGCCGCCAGUGACAGGUUCAUCGCAACAGGGAGCAGAGACGAAACCAUCCAGCUGUACGACUUGAGAAAGCGAGUCGAGCACGGGGCUCUGUUGCACCAUGACGGGACAAUCUCAUGCUUGGAGUUCUAUGGUGCCUCUCACUUGCUGAGUGGAGGUGAGGACGGCCUGCUUUGUGUGUGGAGCACCAAGAAGUGGGAGUGCCUGAAAUCCAUUAAAGCUCACAAAGGUUAUGUGUCAUCGUUGUCAGUACAUCCCUCUGGAAAGCUUGCACUGUCAGUCGGGACAGAUAAGACACUCCGAACGUGGAAUCUAAUAGACGGCAGAUCUGCCUUCAUCAAAAACAUAAAACAAAAUGCCCAUAUAGUCAUGUGGUCCCCAACUGGAGAUAAGUACAUUGUGGCUGUGAACAAUAAAAUGGACAUUUACAGCCUAGAAACGGCUUCAGUGACCGGGACCAUCACAAACCUAAAGAGAAUCUCCUCUUUGAAGUUUCUCAGUCCUGCUAUCCUGGCAGUGGCAGGCGAUGAGGAGACCCUGAGGCUGUACGAUAUCGACACUCAGAAGUGCCUCUGCGAGUUCAAGGCCCACGAGACCAGAGUCAAAGCUCUUGACUGCUUCCCGAUGGAGGACUACUGCGUCCUUGUGUCUGCAUCAAAUGAUGGGUUCAUCAAAAUGUGGAAAGUCGAUCUUGAUAAGGUGAUGGAGCCCCCAACCCUCCUCGGGGAGGUGAACACCACAGCGAGGCUGACCUGCUUGGCAGUGUGGAGGCCGGGCCCACAGCAGGAGGCCACAGUGGAACAGAAGCCACAGGCCGCAGCCUCCCAAGCUGUGGAGGACGUGUCUGAGCCUACCAAGUCAAAGAGGGUGAGGACAUCUGCUGAGGAAGUGGUCAUUGAAGAGGACAGUUGCACCAAGAAGACAAAAACAGAAACCAGCAAAAAGAAAAAGAAGCAGAAAACACAAUAA